UCGGAAGACGUGGACGUAUCUUCGCGCAUCAGACAGCUUACUGAGAAAUAUAAAGGAUACACAUAAAUAUACGGAGAGAUAAUCUAUACCGCAGUCGUUAAUGAAUACCGGUUGUUUCUCCGCGGCGCAGCGUAGUGCGUGCAUUCACAACAUGAAUGCGGAUUUAUUCAAGCCUGCUCCGGAGCGUGGACCCCAGCAGUCCUCUGCCCCGGCGAAAAACAGCCGGAAUAAACCCGACCAAACCAAACCAGAGUUGGCUCAGGUGGUGACAGACUCCAAGACGGGGAGAUCUUACAGCAAAGGGAAGCUUUUGGGGAAGGGUGGCUUUGCCCGAUGCUACGAGAUGACAGACCUGUCCAACAACAAAAUGUAUGCGGUGAAGGUGAUUCCACAGAGCAGGGUGUCCAAACCGCACCAGCGAGACAAGAUUACAAACGAGAUCGAGCUCCACAAAACCCUGUCGCACAAGCAUGUGGUGAAAUUCUCUCAUCAUUUUGAAGACCAGGAAAACAUCUACAUAUUCCUUGAGCUCUGCAGUCGGAAGUGCGCAGCAGCGUUGCACAGUCAGUUGACGGAUGCGGGGCUGACACUUCACUCAUUGCUCUCUCUGCAGUCGCUGGCACAUAUUUGGAAGGCGAGACACACGCUCACGGAGCCAGAAGUCCGAUAUUACCUCAAACAGAUCAUAUCCGGCCUCAAGUACCUACACAGCAGAGGAAUCCUGCACCGAGAUCUCAAACUGGGCAACUUCUUUGUCAAUGAGAACAUGGAGCUGCGGCUGGGAGACUUUGGCCUCGCCGCCAAACUGGAGACAGUCGAACAGAGGAAAAAAACCAUCUGUGGGACUCCCAACUAUUUGGCCCCUGAGGUGCUCAACAGACAGGGCCACGGCACGGAGUCCGACGUGUGGUCCCUCGGAUGCGUCAUGUACACGCUGAUGUGCGGCAACCCUCCCUUUGAGACUCUUGAUUUGAAGGAGACGUACAAGUGUAUAAAGGAAGUUCGGUACAACCUGCCCUCCACGCUUUCCCCCCCUGCACAGAAACUCAUCUCAGGCAUCCUACAGAAAAAUCCCAGCGACAGACUGACGCUGGAUCAAAUCCUCAGCCACGAGUUCUUCACCAAAGGCUUCACUCCUGACAAACUUCCCCCCAGCAGCUGUGUGAUGGUGCCAGAGCUCCACCCGCCCAGCCCUGCCAAGAAAUUCUUCACGAAAAUGGCCAAGAGCUUCUUUGGCAAGAAGAAAGCAAAAGUGGAGAAGAUUCCGUGCGAGGAAAGAGACGACAAGGACAUUUCCAAGCUCGUAUCUGGCAUCGUUAAGUGUUCCAUCAACCGGCAGAUCAGCUACAAGGCUGUGGGACCCAACGAGGUUCCCUCCCCAACCGGUCAGCUGGUCAGCUCUGUGCCUCUGGAGCAGACCCCCGCUGAGGAGGAAUCCAGGAAGUCCAUCUCACGCUCGUUCAAGGGCACCAUGGCCAGCAGCACUGAACCAUGUGAGGAUGUUCUGACUCCGGCAGCUGUUGCUGAAUCUGCCAUGAAAGUCCUGAACGGCUGCCUGGCCUCAAUGCCUGCAGCCAACAGAAACCCACCCUGUUUGUCCAGACCACAAUCCUUCCUGUGGGUGACUAAAUGGGUUGACUACUCUAACAAAUAUGGAUUUGGCUACCAGCUGUCGAACCAAAGCAUAGGCGUGCUCUUCAACGAGGGAACACAUCUGAGUCUUUGCGACCAACGCAGGACGGUCCAUUACUGCUUGACCAACAACAAACACUUUACUUUUCCAACCAACUCUCUACCUGAGCAACUGCGCAGCCAGAAACAAAUUGUAGAGCUCAUGGCCAACUACAUGGAGGAGAACCUUAUGGAGGGUGGAGAUCUUCCUUGUGAGACUCAGGUCUCGGCUCCUCCUCCUCUGCUCCUCCAGUGGGUGAAGACUGACCACGCUCUAGUCAUGCUUUUCAACAACGGCACUCUACAGGUUAACUUCUACACGGACCACACCAAAAUCAUCCUGUGCAAGUCGUCCGACGACUCCUACCUGCUCACUUACAUCAGCCGGGAACGCAUAUCUUACACUUACCUCCUCAGCAUGCUGAACGAGAUGGGCUGCACGGCUGAGCUAAGGCACAGACUCAGAUACGUGGUCCAGCUGCUCCAACACCACACCGAUGCCUGAGAGCGCAGCUCGGUGCCUCCGGGGCCGCCCCGAGUGGCGCGCGCCUUAGAGGCAACCUGACUGGUUAACACCUUUCUUUAGGCAGCCUGACUGCUUGGUUUAAUUUCUCAAGGCAGCGCCGAGACGGUCUGACACCUCUUCAGCUGACAGAUGGAAGACUGCUCGACACCUCCGAAGUAGUAUUUUCGCCUGGAACGGUGCCCAGGCAGAUUUUCAAAUGCACUGACCUUGACAAAAAUCAAGCAGUCGGGGAAUGCGCCCCCGUGCAGCAUCUGCCUCAAAGGUUUGUGCCUGUCCAGCUUAUGCCUCAAAGGUAUCCACCUGGAAGGUAAAAUAAGAAACUCAUACCUGGCCUGAAAUGACGGAUCCCUCACAGGCAGACGUCUACACAAACACCCACUUACCUUCUCUCACUCGCUCAGAAACCACCGCUUCUUGGCUGGACCUCUCAAAGCCACCGACUCUGCAGCUUUCAGCCUCCCCCGACGACCGAUAACCCAGGCAUGGUUUCUAAAAGGUUUCUAAACACUAAAAUUGUCCUAUUUGCUUGCAACAGAACAGGGAUUCACAUGCAGCUAAAAUGCUUUUAGAGGCUCUGUUUCCAAAGGCAUUUUAGCGGCACACUGUUUACUUGCACUGCAACUGAUCUUUCAGCAAAGAUGCUUUGGAAAGAAACAUGAGAGAGCAAAAGAAAGGAGACCCUCCUACCCAAAAUUGGUUUCUGGCCUCUUUGAACCAUGGUGCACACAAUUUUCCUCCCUUUUUUUUUUUUUUUUUUUUUUUUUUUUUUUUUUUUUUUAAGAUAAAGAAAAUAUGAGCCAGCUUUAGGAUCACACUACGAUCUUGACCUCACAUGCACAAAUAACAUUCCUGGCCUUAUUUGAAGAUGGUGAUGCUAAAGCUUUGAUUCAUUGCUUCUUGUGCUCUAACGUCACUCGUCUUGUUAUUGGAAACAAAUUUCACUGAUAUGGUACACGGUAUUACUACAUGGGCUAUGGGAGCAACACAGUUUUGCACUUUUUUUUUCUUUUUUUUUUUUUCUUUUUGUAAAGUCAUCCAGAAACAAAAACCUUUUACUGUCACGUCUGUUUUAUUUGUUUUUAACUUGAUACCAAAACGCAUCUUCUUUGUUUUUAAAAUGAGUCCGUUUUAAAUCACAUACAGUAGGUGAGUGUGUGUGUGCCACACGUGCUGGCAAGCAGAAAUGUUGGUUGGGAAAACGUGGAUGGGGCGGGGGGGAGGGAUAAAAGUGCCUUUUUGAGGGAUGUCUGUAUAGUGCAAUAACAGCCCUUCGUGAAUGUCAAGCUGGCUACAAACAAGAUUUAAGAUGGGUUUUACAGGUGGGAUUUACUUUUGUACUUUGAGCCAAGUUUAAAAGUAAAUCCAGUAUCACUACACCCUCACUACCUGGUAUAAGCUUUUAGAACAACUGUUAUAAGUAUAUAUAUAUAUAUAUAUAUAUAUAUAUAUAUCCCAGUAAUAUCUACUAUGGAGAGAGAGAGAAAAAAAAGAAAACCUUGUACUCAGUUGUACUGUACUGUAAUCCUUAUCGGUUUACAUUGCUUUCUUGACCCAGAGUUGUAUCCUAAACUGUGACCCGGAAUGCAAGUAUUACGUACAUGUGUUUUCAAAAGAACCCCAACAUUGUGAAAGCCAUCUGCCAAUUCAGAAGAGUUUUAUUUUUUUGGCACAUAAUGUCCUGUCUAUUUAUUUUUUAUUUAUACAUGUUUUUUUAUUUAUUGUGUAAACGUUAAGGUCUUGACACGAGGAAAUUCAAUUCUGACCACCUUUUUGUAUGCAACAUGUUUGGGGGAAAAUGGGACAAAAUAAAGUUUAUUGAAAAUGAA